AUGUCAGCGGCUCAGACCCAGAAGGAGAGCAGCGAGGCGGGCUGGGGCUGUCUGGAGGCUCUGGGUCUCAGUCAGAAGGAGCUGGUCCUGGCUGAGGCCCUGCAGAUGGAGUACGACGCCCUCUCCAGACUCAAACAGGACAAGAGCGGUCCGGGAAUUAGCCAGGCCGGAUCCAGAGCUCCCACUCAGACCCGCUCCAAGACCCCAAAUCCCUCCAUCGAACGCCCCCGACCCAGCCCCAGCCAGCCCAUUCCUGCCUCCACUGAGGGAAGCCUGCUGAGAGGCCUCUCUGGAUCCGAUUCCUCACUGAACCAGCCAGGAGGGUCCCAGUCUCCACAUUCCAUCCCAGCCAGGGCGCUCCCUCCUCAGGGAGGCUACGUCAAAGAGUCCCUGUACAUCCUCGACAGUCCAGAGGUCAGCAAGUUCAGAGACUAUUCAGGUUCCAGCCUCGGGGACUCACUUGGAUCUGGAUCCGGGUUUCUUUCCAAAGGAUUCCCCUCUCUUCCAGAUGACGUCCCUCCCGCCAUCCCACCAAGAAACCCUAUCCCUCCAUCGUCAGGGUCAGAGAACCCCUUCCUGCCCCCUCGAGGGUCCACCGCUCCCCGAGACGUGAACCUGUUCACGCCCGAAGUGGAUCAGCCCAAAGUGACCUCUGGAGAGCUGAACUACGACAACAUCAACGACUCUUUGUCCAGACUCAACGGGAGCCGGCAGGGGGGGCCUCGAGGCCGGAGGCCCAACGGGGACCAAUCAGGGAAGCCUGUGGCUCGAAGUAAGACCCUCCCCCCUCAGGUGCCGCCCAGGACGUAUGUACCUGUUCCCAAGAGCAACAAGAACCAGCGGCGGGUGUCUGCAGACCCGGUGUCUCUGCGCUCCAGGAUGAAUGGAUUUGGAUAUGAACUGUUCCAGGUGUCAGAGGAGAGAGACGAGGAGGUGGCAGCUUUCUGUCACAUUUUACGUUCGGCGUACCCGUCCAGCGACCAGUCGAAGAACGCCGGCUUCGUUUGGUCGCCUUCAGUCGGUCAUGAGGAGCUUCAUCAGGGUCUGGGGGUCAGCGUAAAGGUCACCGUCAUCAGUGAACACUUCAGAGAACCACUCACCUUUACCUGUGAUGGCUCGUCCACGGUGGAUCUGCUGAUCUAUCAGACUCUGUGUUACGCUCAGGACGAUCUGGAUCACCUGAACGUGGACGAUUACCUGCUGAAGGUCUGCGGACACGACGAGUUCUUCAACAACUCUCAGACUCUGGCUGGUUUGGAGUUUGUUCAGCAGUGUCUGAAGUUCGACUGGGACGUCCGACUUUUUCUCACCAAGAGAUCAGACAUCAAAACAGAGCUGUCCCGCACGAAAGAAGACGAUGAGACGGCGUCCACCAUGAACCACAGCAUCCUGCUGCAGGAGCGCCCAAUCAAACAGACUGUCACCAGGGAGGCUCUGACUCUGCUGUUGGACACUUUUCAUAAUGAAGCAGAGUGCUUCCUGCUGUCGGAGGUGGAGCUGCCGCUGCACGUUGAGCGUCUCGUCCAAUCGGUGAAGGCGCUCUGCAGUUCGUUAGCUGCCGUGGAAACGCCCGAUGUGACCUCUGCCCUCAACCAGCUCCCAGCAUGCCCCUGUCGCCUGCAGCCCAAAGUCCUGAAGGAUGCUUCAGUGCUGGCUGUCAGAGAGAACAGAGAGAAAGUGGUGGAGAAGUUGACGGCAGCCAUCUUGGAUCUGGUGGAGCUUUACUGCAGCACGUUUAACGCCAACUUCCACACGACACCGCAGAGUCACUGCUGCACGGCGCCGGUGCAGGAGGCCGGCCUCGUCACCAACGUGCUGUCCUUCAACGUGUACGCCGCCCACAGGAUCCCCAUCACCUGGGCCGCCAGUUACGAGGGUUUCUUCCUGUCCUGCUCUCUGACUCAUGGAGGGGAGGAGCUCUGCGCCCCGCAGCACACCAGCAAGCAGUCGGUCAGCAAAUACCUGUUCCACCUGGUGGUGUGGGACCAGAGGGUGUGUUUCCCGGUGCAGAUCAACCAGCUGCCCAGAGAGUCUCAGCUGACUGUGACUCUGUUUGCCAGCUCUCUGCCCCCCCCCGGAGGAGCUGAGGACAAGGGGAAGCAGCGUCGCAGCAUCGAGGCUCUGGGCUGGGUCACCAUGCCGCUCUUCAACUUCAGACACGUCCUGACAUGUGGGAGGAAGUUACUGGGUCUGUGGCCUUCGACCCCAGGGAGGAGUGGAAACGCCCGGACGAGUUCACCCAACUUCAGCCAACCAGACAGUGUCAUACUGCAGGUGGACUUUCCCACCUCGUCGUUCGAGGUUCGCUUCAGUACCCCUCCUCCAGCAGACUUCUGUCCUCAGUACGACUUCUCCAGACUGGACACCAUCAGUCAAAUCCAGCUGCAGGACGUCCUGCACAAGAAGGCCUUCUUCUGGUUGACGACGGAGGAUGAGCGCCUGCUGUGGGAGAAGAAGGCCUUCUGUCAGGCUGAGAGUGCAGCGCUGCCUCUGGUUCUGGCCAGCGCCCCCUGCUGGGAGUGGGCCUGUCUGCCCGACAUCUACGCCCUGCUGAGACAGUGGGCAUGCCUGGGCCACCUGGACGCCCUGGGACUCCUCCACGCCUCGUUCCCGGACCAGGAGCUGAGAAGGACGGCUGUCCAGUGGAUGGACUCCAUUUCAGACCCAGAGCUGCUGGACUUCCUGCCUCAGCUGGUCCAGGCUCUGAAGUACGAGUGUUAUCUGGACAGCUCUCUGGUUCGCUUCCUCCUACGGAGAGCCAUCGGGGACGUUCGCAUCGCUCACUACCUCUUCUGGCUGCUGAAGGACAACCUGCAGGACAGUCAGUUCAGCGCUCGGUAUCAGCACCUUCUGGCCGCUCUGCUCUGCUGCGUCGGCCGAGGUCUCCGGGACGAGUUCGACCGUCAGUGCUGGCUCGUCUCCAUCCUCGCCAAGGUGGCUCACAAAGUGCGAGAUGCCACGCCGUCCAGCAGACAGUCCAUCCUCAGAGAGGGUCUGGAGGAGAUGAAGCAGUUCUUCUCCAUGAACAGCAGCUGUAGACUUCCUCUCAACCCGGCGCUGCUGGUCACAGGAAUCAACAUCCAGUCAUGUUCCUUCUUCAACUCCAACGCUGUCCCUCUCAAACUGUCCUUCCAAAACCUGGACCCUCUGGGAGACCACAUCAACGUCAUCUUCAAGUCAGGAGACGACCUGCGGCAGGACAUGCUGACUCUGCAGAUGAUCCGCAUCAUGAACAAGAUCUGGAUCCAGGAGGGUCUGGACAUGAGGAUGGUCAUCUUCAAAUGCUUCUCCACCGGCAGAGGGCGAGGUAUGGUCGAGAUGAUUCCUCAAGCUGACACUCUGAGGAAGAUCCAGGGGGAACACGGAGUCACUGGAUCCUUCAAAGACCGUCCACUGGCCGACUGGCUGCUGAAACACAACCCCACUGACGAGCAGUAUGACAAGGCGGUGGAGAACUUCAUCUACUCGUGUGCCGGCUGCUGCGUGGCGACCUACAUCCUGGGCAUCUGCGACCGCCACAACGACAACAUCAUGCUGAAGACCAGCGGUCACAUGUUCCACAUCGACUUCGGGAAGUUCCUGGGACACGCGCAGAUGUUUGGAAACAUCAAACGGGACCGCGCCCCCUUCGUCUUCACCUCCGACAUGGCGUACGUCAUCAACGGAGGAGACAAACCGUCCAGUCGCUUCCACGACUUUGUGGAUCUGUGCUGCGAGGCCUACAACCUGAUCAGGAAACACACACACUUGUUCCUCAACCUGCUGGGCCUGAUGUUGUCCUGUGGGAUCCCUGAACUGUCGGACCUGGACGAUCUGAAGUACGUCUACGACGCACUGAGACCUCACGAGUCUGAGGCCGACGCCACCAUGUACUUCACCAGGUUGAUCGAGUCCAGUCUGGGCAGCGUCGCCACCAAGCUCAACUUCUUCAUCCACAAUCUGGCCCAGAUGAAGUUCGCCUCGUCGGAGGAUCGUCCCAUGCUGUCGUUCGCUCCCAGGAUUCACACGGUGAAGAGCGACGGCCUCAUCAGGAAUCUGUACAUCUGCAGACACAUCCGCACCACCAACCCCAGCAAGGCAUACGCCUUUGUGGUGAAGGUGGAGCGUGAAGGUCAGCAGGAAGUGCAGCUGGUUCAGAGGACGUUUGAAGAGUUUCAUGAACUUCACAGUAAAAUGAGACUCAUCUUCCCCUCAUCCAGACUGCCCAGCUUCCCGAGCCGUUUUGUGAUUGGUCGGUCCCGAGGUGAGGCGACGGCUGAUAAGAGGAAAGACGAGCUGAACGGUUACGUCUGGCACCUGAUCCACGCCGGCCCGGAAGUGGCCCAGUGUGACCUGGUCUACACUUUCUUCCACCCACUGCCCAGAGACGAGAGACCAGGGACAACAGCAAGCAAACCAGCAGAGAUCUCGUGGUCUCCAGCUUCAGGGAAAGAGCUCGGUGAAGUCAAACUGUCCAUCUCCUACAAGAACGACAAACUCUUCAUCAUGGUCAUGCACAUACGAGGACUGCAGCCCCUGCAGGACGGGACAGACCCAGACCCCUACGUGAAGCUCUACCUCCUCCCCGACCCCCAGAAGACCAGCAAGAGGAAGACCAAGGCAGCACGACGCACCUGUAACCCCACCUACAACGAGAUGCUGGUGUACGAGCGGAUCCCUCGGGGGGACCUGGACCAGAGGGUGAUCCACCUGCGGGUCCUGGGUGACGGGGCUUUCUGGGAGAACACCUUGCUGGGAGAGACCUUCAUCCCCCUGAAGAAGCUGGUCCCGGGUCAGCACUGGGUGGACUGGCACCAGCUGGGCGCCGCUGGCUCUGACUCCGCCCACUGAUGGACAGGAAACAGGAAGUGGCAGAUGUAAAGGAAGAGAAGAAGAGAAGCAGUUGUCCUCACGAGGAGGACAAAGGAAAAAAAGGAAAAAUCCUUUCAAAGUAAAAGCCAUGUGGCUGAUCCUCCCUCUGUGUGGGAGGGAGUUUAAGGUUAAAGGUCACUUCACUGACAUCAUCACGGUUCAUUUCAAGCUGUUUGUUUAGUUUUUAAACACAGGGAGAACUGACUCAAUAACAUUUUAUUAGUAAUUUAUUGGAUUAAAAAAAUAAUAAGUUAAUUAUUUUUCUGACACAGUCGGCUCCUAAAACAUUUCAAAUUCUCCUGAUGUCAAGAAACAAACUGCCCAGUGAAGUCACUUCAAAGUUAAUGAGUUAAACUAACAAAGUAGUUUUGAAUUAAACUUGGCCUCUAAUGUCACAUGUAUAUGUGAACUCUAAGCAGAACUUUCACUUUUACACUUUUUAACUUGAAAACACACAGUCACAGUUAGUUUUAAGACUUUUAAAGACAUUUGAAGAAUAAAUUAAAAAAGGAAAUGUCUUAAUUUAAAUGAAGAACUCUGUAUGGACUCACUGCAGGCAGACAGACUGUCUGCGUCCCAGGCUUCAUGAGAUCAGAGGAUGAAGGAAGCCGUCCGGUCUUCACAUCGUCUGUCCCCCUGACAUGAUUUACCUAUGAAGUGAUUUCAGUGGCUCAGAGUGGCGUCCAGUUUGGAUUCUGUUUAUUUCUCUCUGUCUGCACAUGUUGCUCAGAUGUGAAUGAAGUCGUAGAUGUGGCAGGUGAAAUCAUCAGAAGCUCUAGAAGAAAAACAGAUAAGUUAAAAAUGACAUGCUGGGAAACGCACGCUGGUCAUGGAUGAAGGUGGAGAAGGUGUUUAUCUGCAGGGACGAUGACGAACAAACAGCACAUUAAUGUUCAGAAGCUGGUUCACGUUUUACACGAUUUCAAAUAAAUGAAAAAGUAAAUGAAAAAGAAACUUUUUUUUUUUUUUUUUGAAGAUGAAUGAAAUUCUGCAUCAUACGAGAGAAACCCCAUUUUUGGUCAGUUGAGUCAUUUCCCUUAAGGAAUUCCAGUGACAUUUUUUCCUGCAGCUUUUUGUGUCCCAAGAAUAAAAAGUUGAGUCAGUCAGAGACGGAGCAAACACACAAAGUCUUGGUUGUGAUUUCAGCACAAAGUAUCAGAGAAGAUGAAUUUUACCUUUUUGUGUUUGUGUACAUACAGAGUUUUAGCUUAAAUGUUGCUAACAGGAAGUCGUGUUCAUAUCGAGUGGAGUGGAUCCGACCGGUCUUCUGGUUGGUUGUUGCAGGAUAUUUUUUUAUAGUGUGGAUGUGGAUUUGAUUUUGAAGCUUUGAGGUGGAUCUGUUCUGCAUGAGAGCUUCGUAAUGUCUGAGGGAUAGAUCCUGACAGGGGGACAUGUUGUUCUGUUUGCCUUUAAGCUCGUCCCGCUCUGGUUUUUUUCCUCUCAGAUCUCAAUAAUCUGCUCGGCCCCUCCGGCUGCUUGUUUCUACAUUUUAUUCCUUCUCUGCCUGUGAUUUUGUACUUUUUGGGAAAGUUUUGUGGCCAUUUUUAAACUGCCUCUCUGGGUUUUUAAUGAUCCAGGCUGCAGUGAAUAUUGAAGGGGAGCCAAUUUAUUUUCUGCAGGUUGUUUUUUGCGCUGUAGACGAGACAAACUGAGGGGACGAACCUGCAGGAAACAAACUCCACUGAUCUGCUCUGUUCACCACUCUUCUCCAAAUGUUAAUGUCAACAAUUCAGUCGAACUGGUUUCCUGAGAUAUUUUCAAGGACUUUGUCUUUACCUUUGACCCUAAUGCUCCUAAUUAUCUGUUUGCUGCAGCUGAGGCUCAGCGCUUUGGUUUAAACCCAUAUUGAGAAUAUCAGGGCUGUAGCCAUCUGAUGCUGGGGGUGGUUGACUGACAGGCAGGCUGUCAGCUAACAUGGUACGGUACUGACUGAAUCAAGUGACAGCCCUGUAUGUCCUUCAAACACUGAUGCAACAUCCAGAGCGUGUGUGAGGUGAAUCUUAGAGGCGGUGUGAUCACAUGAAGUCAAAGAAAAUGCAGAAAGAUGUGACUAAAGAUCAGUCAGACAAACACACAGAAACACCAACACACACACACACACACACACACACACACACACAGUUGCUGCGUAUGUGGCUAACAAGCUUCCAGAGAGUCUGCACAGGAGGCGUUUCAGUGCAGUCCACAUCUGUCAGAACAGAUACACUUUCAUUGAUCCAGCUGUCUGCACAGGCUCUGCAGCACACACACAAACACAACCUGAAAUGUAUUUUCACUCUUUGAGGCUAUUUUCUUCCAUUUCCUGUGCGUAAGUACAGCGAUUGUUUGUUGGAUCCUGUGAAAACACAGGUGACCUACACUCAGUACUGUACCUGAACACACCCUGACACAGAUGACUGCAGCUGUUUCUCAGUUUCUCAGAUGUACAGGCCUUUGUAUGAUGAUUAAUUCUAACAACCCCUGAACGUUUCGUAGUUUUGUCCAUAAGAGUGAAAUAGUGUAUAUAUUAUACAUUAUAUAUUAGAGAAAACUGACCCUGGAUCUGCCAUGAAUGAUUCAGUCACAUCCCUGCUCCUCUCACCAAUCACAGCCUCUGAUAAACUCUGUUUAUAGCCAAAAAUAUUCACCUGUAAGCUGUGUGCUUACAUGCUGGGGUGCUCAGUGUGUCCAGUAGUCUGUAUAAUAAAUACUAACCUGCAGUCGGAGCCCAACCUGUGGGUGUAACAUUACUGUGAACCACAGCUCAGACCCUCAAACAACCGAAAACUCAGUGUUUGGUGCUCGGCAGGCUGGAUUUUAAUGUACAAUUGUGUGCCUUGUACAAUAGCUUGGUUUUUGGCGUCUGGUAACAGGCUGCCUGUUCUACCUGUGUCACAGUGACAGUCACAGUGUUACAGCUAACAUUUGUACAGUCACCAUGUUGGCUGUUUAGGAGAAUACCACUUUUGACUAAAUAUAGGUUACACAAAUAAAAAGUAACACCAAGGAUAUACAGUAUAUACAGAUAUUUUAAAAAAUGAAUUUUAAUUUCAGUUCAAUGUUAAUAUUCAAAAGGAUGCAUUCAAAUCAAGACCACACCCCAAACCUCUAAACUAACUCAGAAAAGUGGAUUUAGUCUUUAAAAAUCUGUUUAAACUCUUUUUUUAAAAACUGCAGUUUAUGAAAUAGAAUUCAGUAAAAACUUGAAUUGAUGAGACUGAGCUUCCCGAAACGUUAAAACACAUUUAUCUAUGUGAUGGAAAAGAGUGGUGUGCAGCAAAGUUCGUGAGUUUGAGUCCUGACCCCUGAGACUGCAGGGAGAGAAUGUAAGUUCAAAAUGAACUGGAUCUUUAUUUGUACUGGACAUACUGAAGUUAAUGAAAAUGUGAUUGGAUUUCCCACUGCAGCAUAGUCGGAGACACCGUUCUGAUUUAGUUUCAAACAUAGAAAGAAGCUGUUAUUAAUGUGUAACUUUAAUUUUGGAACAUGUUUUGUAUUAUUUGCACUAAAAAAUAAACUUGAAUCGAAAAAAGUA